CCAUCUCUGCGCUCCUCUGCGUCAUCGGCCUUUUCGCUCACCCCGCGGACGCUCACCUCUCCCUCCAGCCUCACCCGACAGGUAGCCUCGCCGCCGCGCACCUGCCUCCGCGCCUCACCGGUGAUACUGGAUAGCUCCCUUCAAAAAUGGAAGAUGGAAAGCCUGUUUGGGCUCCUCACCCUACAGAUGGAUUUCAGAUGGGCAAUAUUGUGGAUAUUGGCCCUGACAGCUUAACAAUUGAACCAUUGAACCAAAAAGGCAAGACAUUUUUGGCUCUCAUAAACCAAGUGUUUCCUGCGGAAGAGGAUAGUAAAAAAGAUGUGGAAGAUAAUUGUUCACUUAUGUAUUUAAAUGAGGCCACUCUCCUCCAUAAUGUCAAAGUCCGAUACAGUAAAGACAGAAUUUAUACAUAUGUCGCCAACAUUCUGAUCGCAGUAAACCCUUACUUUGACAUACCUAAAAUAUAUUCUUCAGAAACAAUAAAAUCAUACCAAGGAAAAUCUCUUGGGACAAUGCCACCUCAUGUCUUUGCAAUUGCUGAUAAGGCUUUUCGAGAUAUGAAGGUGCUCAAGAUGAGUCAGUCUAUCAUUGUAUCUGGAGAAUCAGGAGCUGGCAAAACAGAAAAUACAAAAUUUGUUCUAAGAUAUCUUACUGAAUCCUAUGGAACAGGACAAGAUAUUGAUGACAGAAUUGUUGAAGCUAACCCACUCUUAGAGGCCUUUGGAAAUGCAAAGACUGUUCGAAACAAUAAUAGCAGUCGAUUUGGAAAAUUUGUAGAAAUACAUUUCAAUGAAAAGAGUUCAGUCGUUGGAGGAUUUGUUUCCCAUUAUCUUCUAGAGAAGUCUAGGAUUUGUGUUCAAGGAAAAGAGGAAAGGAAUUAUCAUAUUUUUUACAGGUUGUGUGCUGGUGCUUCUGAAGAUAUUAGGGAAAAACUUCAUUUGAGCUCCCCAGAUAAUUUUCGGUACUUAAACCGAGGCUGCACUAGGUACUUUGCUAACAAAGAAACCGACAAACAGAUUUUACAGAACCGAAAAAGUCCUGAGUAUCUUAAGGCAGGUUCUUUGAAAGAUCCACUGUUAGAUGACCAUGGAGAUUUCAUUAGAAUGUGCACAGCCAUGAAAAAGAUUGGUUUGGAUGAUGCGGAAAAGCUUGAUCUGUUCCGAGUAGUAGCUGGUGUCUUGCACCUUGGAAAUAUUGAUUUUGAGGAAGCUGGCAACACUUCAGGCGGCUGUAAUCUGAAGAAUAAAUCUACUCAGUCACUGGAAUAUUGUGCUGAAUUACUGGGUUUGGAUCAAGAUGAUCUUCGUGUAAGUUUAACUACAAGAGUCAUGCUAACAACAGCAGGGGGCACCAAAGGAACAGUUAUAAAGGUGCCACUGAAAGUGGAGCAAGCAAACAAUGCUCGUGAUGCCUUGGCAAAGACUGUCUAUAGCCAUCUGUUUGAUCAUGUGGUGAACAGAGUAAAUCAGUGUUUUCCAUUUGAAGCAUCAUCCUAUUUUAUUGGAGUCCUAGACAUUGCUGGUUUUGAGUACUUUGAACAUAACAGCUUUGAACAAUUUUGUAUCAACUAUUGCAAUGAAAAACUUCAGCAAUUUUUUAAUGAAAGGAUCCUGAAGGAGGAACAAGAACUGUAUCAAAAAGAAGGCUUAGGCGUUAAUGAAGUGCAUUAUGUGGACAAUCAGGACUGUAUAGACUUAAUUGAAGCAAAAUUAGUGGGAAUACUGGAUAUUCUGGAUGAAGAAAAUCGUCUUCCCCAGCCAAGUGAUCAACACUUUACAUCUGUUGUUCAUCAGAAGCACAAGGACCAUUUCCGACUCACUAUUCCCAGAAAAUCUAAGCUGGCAGUUCAUAGGAACAUCAGGGAUGACGAAGGCUUCAUUAUCAGGCAUUUUGCAGGAGCAGUGUGCUAUGAAACAACCCAGUUUGUGGAGAAAAAUAAUGAUGCCUUGCAUAUGUCUCUUGAAUCCUUAAUAUGUGAAUCCAGGGAUAAGUUUAUAAGGGAAUUAUUCGAAUCAUCCACAAAUAAUAACAAAGAUACUAAACAAAAAGCAGGAAAACUUAGCUUCAUCAGUGUGGGAAACAAAUUUAAGACACAGUUAAAUUUGCUAUUGGAUAAACUUCGAAGUACUGGAGCAAGCUUUAUUCGUUGCAUCAAACCUAAUUUAAAGAUGACAAGCCACCACUUUGAAGGUGCUCAAAUUCUGUCUCAACUUCAAUGUUCAGGUAUGGUGUCUGUUUUGGACUUGAUGCAGGGUGGUUUCCCAUCUCGAGCUUCAUUCCAUGAACUCUACAACAUGUACAAAAAGUAUAUGCCGGAUAAACUUGCAAGAUUAGAUCCAAGGCUGUUUUGUAAGGCCCUUUUUAAAGCUUUGGGCUUAAAUGAAGUUGACUACAAGUUCGGGUUAACAAAAGUAUUUUUUAGACCUGGCAAGUUUGCAGAAUUUGAUCAGAUUAUGAAGUCAGAUCCUGACCAUUUAGCAGAAUUGGUUAAAAGAGUCAAUCACUGGCUUAUCUGCAGUCGCUGGAAGAAGGUUCAGUGGUGCUCACUCUCAGUCAUCAAAUUGAAGAACAAAAUAAAGUACCGAGCUGAAGCCUGCAUUAAAAUGCAAAAAACCAUUAGAAUGUGGCUUUGCAAAAGGAGACACAAACCUCGCAUUGAUGGUCUGGUUAAGGUGGGCACAUUGAAAAAACGACUGGAUAAAUUUAAUGAAGUAGUAAGUGCACUGAAAGAUGGAAAACCAGAGGUGAAUAAACAGGUCAAGAACCUUGAAAUUUCAAUUGAUGCUCUAAUGGCCAAAAUUAAGUCCACUAUGAUGACAAGGGAACAGAUACAGAAAGAAUACGAUGCACUAGUUAAAAGCUCAGAGGAGCUCCUCAGUGCCUUACAGAAAAAGAAACAGCAGGAAGAGGAAGCAGAAAGACUGAGGCGUAUUCAGGAAGAAAUGGAAAAGGAAAGAAAAAGACGUGAGGAAGAUGAAAAACGCCGAAGAAAGGAAGAGGAGGAAAGACGGAUGAAACUGGAGAUGGAAGCAAAGAGAAAACAAGAAGAAGAAGAGAGGAAGAAAAGGGAAGAUGAUGAAAAGCGUAUUCAGGCUGAAGUGGAGGCGCAGCUGGCCCACCAGCGGGAGGAAGAAUCACAGCAGCAAGCAGUUCUGGAGCAGGAGCGCCGUGACCGGGAGCUGGCUCUGCGCAUCGCCCAGAGUGAAUCUGAGCUCAUCAGCGACGAGGCCCAGGCUGACCCGUCCCUCCGGAGAGUUGAUGGAGCAAGACCCAAAAUGACACCGGAGCAAAUGGCGCAAGAAAUGUCAGAAUUAUUGAGUAGAGGUCCUGCUGUUCAAGCCACCAAGGCAGCUGCUGGUACGAAGAAACACGAUCUUAGCAAAUGGAAAUACGCAGAACUACGUGAUACCAUCAACACUUCUUGUGAUAUUGAACUCCUGGCAGCUUGCAGAGAAGAAUUUCAUAGAAGACUAAAAGUGUAUCAUGCUUGGAAAUCCAAGAACAAGAAGAGAAAUACUGAAACAGAGCAACGUGCUCCAAAGUCUGUUACUGACUAUGAUUUUGCGCCAUUUUUGAACAAUUCACCUCAGCAGAAUCCAGCAGCUCAGCUUCCUGCCAGACAGCAGGAGAUUGAAAUGAACCGCCAGCAGCGCUUCUUCCGCAUCCCAUUCAUCCGCCCUGCUGACCAGUACAAAGACCCACAGAAUAAGAAAAAAGGCUGGUGGUAUGCCCAUUUCGAUGGACCGUGGAUUGCCCGGCAAAUGGAACUCCAUCCUGACAAGCCACCCAUCCUUCUUGUGGCUGGUAAGGAUGACAUGGAGAUGUGUGAGCUGAAUCUUGAAGAAACGGGCCUGACCCGAAAGCGUGGUGCUGAGAUUUUGCCAAGACAGUUUGAAGAAAUUUGGGAACGCUGUGGAGGCAUCCAGUACCUUCAGAAUGCAAUUGAGAGCAGACAGGCUAGGCCCACGUAUGCAACAGCCAUGCUACAGAAUCUGCUGAAGUAGAUGUUGCACUAACCUUGUAGCUGGAGCCUUUGCCAUGGUACUAGGUAGGGUGUGUGGCCUAGAGGUUGAACCAUUCCGUAAUCAUGUUAGAAUUACUCAUAAAAAGUGGACAGAUUUUAGUAAUCCUGGCUUUUUGUUAAGUUAAUUAUGGUAGUAAUUUGGGACCUAAAGUUUAUUUUCCUGUAUUCAUGAUAACUGUUAAAUCUCUCUUUCUAAUAUUGUUACACUUGGACUGGUUCUGACAUUUCUCAUCCUCUGCCAACAGAGUGCCUUCAGUCUAUCAUAAUUAUUGUCUAGGAAAAUAAAUUUAAAAAUUCAGGAUAUGUGGCUUUUAAAGAAUGACACAUGAUAUAACUGGAAUAAUGAAAUCUUAGCUUAAAUUCAUACAAAAAUUAAGGCACUUAAAGUGAGCUGGAUACUGAUAUUUUGAUGUGAAAAACUGUCUCCUUUCUCUAUUCACUUUUUCAGAUAUUGAUGGGAAUUUCCACCAGAGGUGAAAUUUUAUUUUUUCCCUUUGCACUGUUUCUUAGUUUGAAUAAAGCAAUUUGUCUAAAAGUCUUGAAAUCUAGAAAGAGCCUUGAUGUAUUUAAUGUACUCUGUACUAAACAAGGUACUUAGAUCCUGCACAGACCUGUUUUUCCUUUCUAUUACAUUGUGUGUUGCUCUAAGAAUAUUUUUCUUAUAUUCCAUGGAUUAAUGAAAGAAAUUCAGAUCACUUAAAUGCAUAAAAACUUUGUGAUAACUGUCCUUUCAUUUAGAAAAGGAAAUAAGUUUUAGUUGGCACUGUGGCUUAACUGGACUGAAAUAUUCAACAGUUCUUUCAACUUCAUCUCAAUUAUAAUUUUUGUCUCAGAAUCAUGUCCAAGUUGUUUCAUAGAUUUAAAUAAGUGUUGUUUCAGACAUCUUUCCUUAAAAAACAAAGAAACUCCUAGUGUAUUUUUGGCCUUUGAGAUUUUAGUGAUUGUAGAGCUGUUUUAUAAGCUUUGUAAAUCAAAAGUCCUUCUACUGAGUAAUUGCUUGAUUCAUGUAACUGAUUAAUUAAAAAAAGUUUUUUUUGUGUGCUGUUACUUUUGAUCAGAUGUCAGCAGUUUCAAGCCUAAUAUUUUUGACUUACACAUUAGGAAUUUGGAGACAAAAAUACAUCAAGGAGUUAUGUUGACAUAAGAUGUUUUGUUUGUAUUUUAGAAUAAAAUUAGAAA